CAUGGUUCAAUCAAAUAUGGUGAAUAGUAAUCUUUAAUAGCCAACUGCUAGUAAGAUUAAUGAGUACAAAUAGUAUAAAGAAAAGAAUAAAUAAGAUGUAAGAGUUAUUUAAAUAAUAAAUAGAUGACAACUAGUGUUUUAAGUUUGAAUGGAUUUUACAAAGAGUAAAUGGAAGGAUACAAUUUUGAUUAUACAAAAUCUGAUCAUCCUACAGUAGCCUUAUUUCAUUUUGCAAUUAAAGGAUUUGCCCUUGUUGUUUAUUUAUUUGGAGGACUAUUUAUAAGAGAAGCGUAAACAAAAAUAUAGAUAUAAUAGUUGGACUCUUCCUGAAAUAGUGAUUGUAAUUGGAGCUGUAGAUUUUUGGGUAACAAAGAACAUCACUGGUAGAUUAUUAGUAGGAUUGAGAUGGUGGGAAGAAAUAGAUGAGGCAUCAGGAGAAUAACUAUGGGUGUUUGAAACAAGAGUGAAUGAGAAUUAGGUAAGUUAAGUGAAUUCAUUUAUUUUUUGGGCUACAUUGGUACUUACUAUAUUAGCAUGGGGAUUUUUAGCAGUAGUAAAUGUAAUUGGUUUUCAUAUUCUAAAUGUAUAUAUUAUUAUUAAUUUAGUUAACUGGCAUUUCAUUUUAAUUGACUAUCCAAAUAAUUAAUUUUUAUUUCUAUUUCUAAUGUUCAAGAGGUAUUAUAAAUAUUUAUAAUUUUUAGUUGCUAAAACAAGAGCAAAGCAGCUAGCAAAAGUAUUAGGAGCAGAAAUCUUAAAUAAGAUGAUGAAUCAAUCUGUGAUUUGGCCAAUGAGAGUACCAAAAUAAAAGGGGUUGUGA